AAAAGCCAGUGUCCCUUGGCAUUAAUGAUGAUGUGUAUUCAACAGAAUCAAAAGCGUACAGAAUGGCGACUGCGCUUAAGAAUAUUGUUGUUGUCGGGGGCUCCUAUGUUGGGCACAGCUCUGCAAAGGAGCUGGCAAGCGUCAUCCCUCCUGCGUACAGGGUUCUCUUGAUCGAGCCACAUAGCCAUUUCCACCAUAUGUUCUUCUUCCCCCGCUUCGCCAUCGUCCCCGGUCAAGAACACAAAGCAUUCAUCCCCUAUAGCAACAUAUUUUCCUCCGUACCCAAUUCCGCCUCCCACGCCGUCGCUCAGGCCCGCGUACUCUCCAUACAACCAUCAUACGUCAAACUCGACAGAGAAUGGCAGGGCUCAACCCGCAUUCCAUUCGAGUACCUCGCCGUCGCGACGGGGACGCGUCUCGCUGAACCAGCCGGCAUGAGAGAUGACGAUAAGGUGUCUUCUGUAGCGUAUCUGCGGAAACACCAAGCGGACGUCAAGCGGUCCCAGUCUAUUCUGAUUGUUGGUGGUGGGGCGGUGGGCGUGCAGAUGGCGACGGAUCUGAAGGAAUUUUAUCCGGAGAAGGAGGUGACGGUUGUGCAGUCUCAGCCGCGGGUGAUGCCGCAGUUUCAUGAGAGGCUGCAUGAUAUUGUCAAGAAGCGGUUCGAUGAACUUGGGGUUCGACUCAUAACUGGCUCUCGCAUCGUUAUACCACCAAGUGGAUUCCGCAAUGACGGCAGCAUAUUCAACGUCCAGCUCACGAAUGGCACGGAAGUAUCGACACAAUUCGUCAUCCUGGCCACGGGCCAGACACCGAAUAACGGCCUCCUCAAUGACUUACCGCCCUCUCGACCAGACUCGCUGAUCAACCCGGACAACGGAUUCAUCCGUGUCAAACCUACCAUGCAGCUCCUCGAUGAGAGGUAUCCUAAUGUGUUCGCAGUUGGCGACAUCGCCGAUACAGGGGCGCGAAAGGCCGCCAGAUGGGGUGCUGCACAGGGAGCGGUCGUGGCGAAGAACAUCAAGGCUCUGAUCGAAGGGAAGCAGCCGACGGAGGAGUACCGACCGCAGCCAUCUGGCAUUCAUCUUACCCUGGGGUUAAGGCGAAGUAUUAAAUUCUUUAAUCCGGAUGUGGCGGGAGGGCAGAAGGAACCGAGAUAUACGGAACAACAUGAGUGAGCAUUAUCCUCUUGUUUUUACUGUCACUCACAGAACUGACGGAUGACCAGCAGCGAGGAUGAGUUGCGGAUAGACCAGUUCUGGCGGAGGCUGGGGAUACAUGCUGACAGGGCUGAGCGGUAUCAUCUGUGAGUGUAGAUGCAUCGAGGGGAGGUACCUGUACCUAUAGAUGCACCCAUGUAAAGUGAGGAUGGAAGUACCUGUACCUGGUAUCUAUGGAUCGGUUUAUGCCAAUCAAAUUGCUGGUAUCGCGUGAAACAUCAUACGCCCACCAAUCAGACUGAACUAUGCUGGCCAAUCAUCGGCAGUAGCUGUCCAGCGGGCCAAUAACAGGCGCGCGCAUGCAGCUAAGCAUCAAAAGCAUUUCUCUUCUCAUCUGACCGCUUUCGGCUUUCCCGCCGGAAGUCUUUUAUGUCGCAAUUGCUGUUCUUCUUCCUCUCUUUCUUUCUUUCUUACU